AUGCGUAUAAACAAUCUUCCCCAAAUCCCAAAUAUAUCAAAAUUCCUAAAAUCUGGAAGUGAAAACUCGAGUUCCAAAUGGAGAACACAAAUCAAUCAAACCCAAUUAGUUUCACAAGCAUCCACAAUUCUCUUACAGAGACACCCCAAACUAUGGCCUUCACUUCUCAAACCCCUGCAAAUUUCCCAUUUCACUCCAUCUCUGUUCCACCAAAUCUUGAACAGAAUCCGAGCUCAGCCAAAGCUCUGUCUCGAUUUCUUCAACUGGGCGCGGAAAAAUCUCGACUUCAAGCCCGACAUUGGGGCCCGAUCCGAGCUGACCCGAAUACUAUUCGGGUCCGAACUGUCUGAACUCGGUAAGCCAAUCUUGAAUUCCAUAGUUCUAGAUUGCCCACCAGCAAAGAUUGUUGCUUUGUUCCCGCCGCGCCGAAAUGCUGAUUUUCAGAAUGUAUCCCAUGUUUUUAAUUCUGUGAUAGAGUGUUAUUGCAGCGACGAAAUGUAUUUCCAAAGUUUGGAUUUUUAUCAGAUGGUUAGGAAGAAUGGGGCUCGAUUGAGUGUGGGUGCUAGUUGUAGAUUGUUGAAUCUUUUAGUUGAGAAGAAUGAAUUGAGGUUAGCUUGGUGUUUUUAUGCUUCGAUUGUUAGAGAUGGGGUUUUAGGGAGCCAGUGUGUGUGGUCUGUUGUUGCGAAGAUUUUUUAUAAAGAUGGGAAAUUUGAGAGGAUUGGUGGAAUUUUGGAAGUGGGAAUUUGUAGUGGUGAGAUGUUUGAUUUGAUAAUUGAUGGUUAUAGCAAAAGAGGGGAUUUUGGAGCUGCUUUGGAUUAUCUGCAUCAGUGUAUUGGUAAAGGAAUCGAGCCGGGUUUUAGUACUUACAGCUCGAUUUUAGAUGGUGCUUGUAGGUAUAACAAUGGAGAAGUGAUUGAGAAUGUUUUGUCUUUUAUGGUGGAGAAGGGGCUUAUCUUGAAAGGUCAUGCUUCGGAUUAUGAUUUGAUCAUCAAGAAGCUUUGUGGUGUGGGGAAAACGUUCGCAAUGGAUCUCUUCUUCAAGAGGGCUUGCGUUGAUAACAUGGAACUAGAGCUUGCUACGUACGAGUGUAUGUUUAUGGCGUUGCUAUGUGAGGGAAGUAGAGUGGAGGAUGCAAUAGAUUUGUACAACAUCAUGAAGGGAAAGCAAAUUGUAUUGAGUAAAAGAUGUUAUGAUGAGUUUGUGAUUGCUCUUUUCCAGCAGAAUCCAUCGUUGCAAAUCAGCAACUUGUUAGUUGAUAUAAUCAGAAGGGGCGUCGCAUCCAUAUCUCCAACCAAAGAGCUUUCUAACUAUGUCCGUAAACAAUGUGCAGAGCGUCAGUGGCGAGAGGCAGAGGAACUUUUGGAGUUGGUUCUGGAUCGAGAAUGGUUGCUUGAUCCUCAGUGCUGUGGCUCUUUUGUUAGACAUUACUGCUCAACCAGACGGAUCGAUAGAGCGAUUUUGCUGCAUAAUAAGUUGAAGGAGUUGCAGGGCACUUUGGCAACGGACACAUAUAACAUACUUGUCGCUGCGUUGCUGAGAGGGAGGAGAACUGAAGAGGCGAUAAAGGUGUUCGAUUAUAUGAAGAGAUGCAAAACAGUGGAUAGUGAGAGUUUUGCACUCAUGAUUAGAGGUCUCUGUAAAGAGAAAGAAAUGAGGAUAGCCAUGAGAUUGCACGACGAGAUGUUGGAAUUGGGGCUCAAGCCUGAUCAACGAACGUAUAAGAGGUUAAUCACCGGUUUCAGAUGAAUCGUCGAGGAUUCCUCGGAGAUUCAUAGUAGACAAUGUGUUUAGUUUUGUCCAAUUCUUACCAUUUGUAUAUUAAGGGGCUAUUCGGUUGGUAAGAUUAUAUCUCGGGGUUAAAUAUGUACUGUGUUUAAUUCAUGAGAUUGAAUCUCACAAGUUAAUUCUAGAUGAAUACUCAUUGAUAAUUAGUCAUAA